AUGACUCCCAACUCCACAACCGCGACCGCCGCCUCCGAGGCCACCACAUACUACCUCCUCCCCGACCUGCGCGCCAUCGACCCCGGCGCUGCCGAGCUCGACCUCGCCGCGCACGCCUGGGUCUGCCCCAUCGUCAUCGAGGACGAGGACCUCAUGUUUGGCGGCAAGUCCCUGAGCGCGCUGUACGAGGAGGAGCGCCGCCGGCGGAGCUCCGGCGGCGGCAGCAUCGCCGGCAACAGCAGCAGCGACGAGGAGUCGCUCUGCGGCGACGAGGAGGAGCGCGGGGAGGAGCAGGGGCGCCGCGGGAGGGAGCGCGUGCGACGACGCUACGUCCCGGCCAAGUCGCACCGCAAGUAG